GUGGCAUUUCUCGUCAGUCGGUGAGAGAAUGAGCUGCUGCUCUGGAUCUACAAACUUUCCCUCCUCUCAGUGAAGACAGCGCGCGGUUGCAGCCAUGGAGUGCGUCAAAAACUGCUGCAAGAACUUCAUGAAGAAAAAGGGGAAGGAGCAGGAGACCCAAGUGAUCAAACUGAAGAUGCCCCCUAACAAGGCAGCGGCCUCAGGGCGGGAGUCAGAUGAAGGGAGGAGGGGGGUCACAGAGGAUUACCUCCUGUCCAAGCUGCCCCCCGACGGCAGAGAGGUGCCGUUCGUCCUGCCGACCUUCAGGGCCUCCUACAUCCAGCCCCAAGGCUCCCGCUUCCCCAACUUCCAGUCCGGCCUGCAGAGUUCGGCCCGCUGCACGUACGCAGAGAGGAAGGCGGAGCUUUUGAGCUCUGGUCACUUAACCUACAGCCCAGAGUCCGGCCUCCAUCGGGGUCAGAUGGUCGAGUACAUCUCCCCCGGCUCGACCCGCCGCGACAACCUGAACAGCAGAAACUCCGGUCCACAGAGCCCAGGUCGGACUCUGGAGCCGGGCGUCCAGCAGCGUCUGAGCAGCUCCAUGUUUGAUCUGUCCAGCCCUCAGGGUCACAUGCAGCGCUUUGACUCCGUGUCCAGUGUCCUCAGCAGCACGUCCUCAGUGAUGGGCUCCAUUGAAAGCAGCCUCGAGUCCAUCACCCUGUCUGGGGACGAACGUGAGCUGGGGAAGGUAUGUGUCCGACUCAGCUACCAGGAGGCUCUGGAGCAGGUGUGGAUCACUCUGGUCCAGUGUUCAGACCUCAACCUUCCUCCGGAUGGAGUGGAACAACAAAAGAUUGGAUUUAAAGGCAUCAUCACCAUCCCCAAACCCAUUCAGUUCAAGAGCUCAACUAAAGAGUCCUGUCAGGACGUGUCCUUCAUGGAGACCUUUGUGUUCACGCUUCGUCUCAAUCAGUUGCGCUGCAGCGCUUUAGUGCUGCGGCUGCAGACUCACAACCCCAGGAAACGCACCGCGGCGGAGUGCGUCCUCUCCCUGCGACAGCUCGGCCCUCAGGAGACGGACCACUGGCUCGACCUCAACCCUCCGUCCAAAUCCUCUGUGUGUCACUCUGAGCUGCAUCUCACCAGCUGCUUUCAGCCGGUCAACAGCCGCAUCCAGCUCCAGAUCCUUGCCGCUCAAAACCUCCCAGCAUCCUCCUCACCGCUCGCCCAAGCGUUUUUUGUCAAGGCGGAGAUGCACCAGUUGGGCCGGACGGUGACGAAGAAGAAGACUCGGGUGAUGAAGGCCUCGGGGGGUCAGUGUCAGUGGGCGGAGACUUUUCGCUUCCAACUGGCAGCUUUAGACCACGCCUGCUCGCUGUCCGUCAAACUGUACAGUCGCAGCUCGGUCAGGAGGAAGCAGUGUCUCGGACAGCUGCAGCUGGGGUUCGACAGCCCCGUCCCAGAGGCUGUGGAGCAGUGGAAGGACAUGAUGGCUCACCCAGAGAAAGUGGUGGCAGCGUGGCACAGGCUGAGCGCCUCCUAAAACCUCUUCUCCUGACUUCCUCUUUUACGCGCUGCCGACGUCAAGUUUUUCGCGCUGCAGGCCCGAACACGGUCCUGUAACGCUGACGCACAGCUGACUCUGAUGGACCGGACUGUGAACUGCUGAGCGAGCUAAGAAAUGCCCUGCAGAGCAGAUUUCCACAGAGAUGCUUCAGGUGGUCAGUGAUGGUUUGUAAACGGGGGUUUUGGACGAAGUGUAGACGCUGAAAAAGGUUUUCAACUGUUUUUUUUUUUGUGCAGAAAUUGAGGAUUUUAUUUAAACUACAAUAGAGCUUUUGCUUAACUAACAAUAAUUGAGCCGCAAAACUUAUAGCUGUAUAUAAUGCUAUGUUUUGUAAGUCACACGUUUUCUGUAUAUAACUGCUUUUUAGUAAAAAACCUGGUCACUUUGUUUCAGUUUACAAGCAGAGAAAGUGACUGUAAUAUAUACAUGUAAUGUAUAAAAACGUCCAUGUUAGCAGUCUGUAAAUAAAACACAUCUUAAAGGAUGACGAUGUCAAUUCUAUAUUUUUCUUAUUGUCACCACACACACAUAAAAAGACCGAAACCAACACUACGCUGGUAUAUAUCUCGUUACUUUCCUGUCCCGUCUCUGACUCUCAGCCUGACCCCAGUGGUUGCUGCUGAAUGUCAGUCUUUAAAAAUAAUUAAUAUAUAGUUUCAUUUCUAAAACAGCUGGGAUUGUAGUCUUUAGGCAAAUAUUACUUAAACAGCAGUAGCGACUAUUUCUAGCAUGUUCCUUUAUUACAAAGAAGCACAUUCUUUAUAAUAAAGGAAGAUCUCUGAGAUGUUUGAACUGUCUCUUGAGAACAAUGAAAGAAGGUUUUUCUUGUUGAUCAGUUCACGGUUGGUUUUGGUCUUUUCAUGGGAUUUACUGACAAUAAGAAAAAUGUAGAGAAUCUACAGACUUGUCCUUUAAUUCCCUGAAAGGUGAGCGAGAAGGUUUUCCCUUUCCCUAAUUUAACUUUACAGGAAGUCAUGUUACUGUACAACACUGCAGCGGAUGUAUCAAACCUUAGCUGUAUGCUUCAUAAAAAGCACUUUAAUUUUUUUUUUUUAAAUGUAUUUAACGUUUAAUGUCGAAAGUUUAAUGAUUAA